AUGAUUGAUUUUAUUAAACUGAAACGUGAAUGUGAAGAACAUGAACAUCGUAACGAACACAUUGAGAUAACAAUGGAAAUAUGUCAUUAUUUGAGUAUUGCUAUUUUGUCAUUGUUCGUUAUUGAGAUUAUUGUCAAAAUCUACGCAUUUGCACGUAACUUCUGGAAUUUUCAUCAAAACAAAAUGGAAUAUUUGGAUUCUAUUAUCGUUCUUGUGUCAUUAGGUAUUGAUCUAUAUUUUUUAAGAGGUGAAGAAGCGGUAAUUGGUCAUCGAACAUUGUUAAUCAUAUCUUUUCGUCUAUGGCGAUUCGUUCGGAUUAUUAACAUUAAAAAAUAUGUAAUUCUUGUUCACCGACUACUUGCUAUUAUUAUUCAGAAGACUCAAUAUACUCAACAAAUAAUUGACGAUGACAACAAUGACAGAGUUAAAGAAAAACUUGAUCUUAUUAUCAAAAAAUUUCAAGAAAUUGAUCAAACAUGUGAACAAGAAAUCAAUAAACUGAACCAUGAAUUAAAAGUCAUCGCUCAAGUAGCUGAUCAAUUGCAGACAAUCGAAUUCUAA